AUGUCUGAAUUAUAUUCAACACCACAACCAUUUUAUUAUGAUAAAAAAUCAGGAUUCACACAAGAUGAAUUUAAACAUGCAAUAGAUAAAUCAUCAACUAUUUAUGUUGGUUACUUAUCAUUUUAUACAACAGAGGAACAAUUAUAUGAAUUAUUUUCAAAAUGUGGUGAGAUUAAAAGAAUUAUUAUGGGUUUAGAUAGAAAUCAAAAAACACCAUGUGGUUUUUGUUUUGUAGAAUAUUAUUCAAAAGAAGAUGCAGCAGAUUGUAUAAAAUAUAUUAAUGGUAGUAAAUUAGAUGAGAGAUUAAUUCGUUGUGAUUGGGAUUAUGGAUUUAAAGAGGGUAGACAAUAUGGACGUGGUUUAAGUGGUGGUCAAGUUAGAGAUGAAUAUAGAACUGAUUAUGAUCCAGGUCGUGGUGGUUAUGGUAAACAAAGACAAUUUGAGAUGGAUCAAUUUAGUGAUGUAAAUGGUGGUGAUAUCACUUAUCAACAACAAAUCUUACAACUUCAACAAUCACAACAACAACAUCAACUAUAUCAACAAGCAAAUGCUGGUGGUCCUCAAAAUUAUUCAGGUAAAAGAAAUCGUGGUGCUGAUGAUGAUUCAGAUUCUUUUAAAAGACAAAGAGAUAAUAAUGGUUCAAUUUCUGCUGGUAAUACUCCAAAUAAAGGUAGAUUUAGAGAAAGAGAUGAAGAAGAUGAUUAA